CGGGCACAGGGCGAGAGGGGCCGGCCCAGGGCCGCGCUACGUGUCCCGCAGCCCUUAUAGCCGCGGCCCGCCGGGCCCGCCGCAGCAGCACCGCACCAUGUCGGGCCGCGAGCACACGGGAUCCACCAACGUGGUUUACCAAGCCCAUCAUGUCAGCAGGAGUAAGAGAGGACAAGUUGUCGGCACCAGGGGAGGAUUCCGAGGCUGCACGGUUUGGCUCACAGGCCUUUCUGGAGCUGGCAAGACAACCAUUGGCUUUGCUCUGGAGGAGUACCUGGUGGCUCAUGGCAUCCCCUGCUACUCCCUGGACGGCGACAACGUCCGGCACGGCUUGAACAAGAACCUGGGCUUCUCUGCCCAGGACCGCGAGGAGAACAUCCGGCGCAUCGCCGAGGUGGCGCGGCUCUUCGCCGACGCGGGGCUCGUCUGCAUCACCAGCUUCAUCUCCCCCUUCACCAAGGAUCGUCUGAACGCACGGAAAAUUCAUGAGGCAGCUGGACUACCUUUCUUUGAAAUCUUUGUAGAUGCUCCUCUAAACAUUUGUGAAAGCAGAGAUGUGAAGGGCCUGUACAAAAAGGCAAGAGCUGGAGAGAUCAAAGGAUUCACGGGGAUUGACUCAGAGUACGAGAAACCCAAAGCUCCUGAGCUGGUGCUGAAAACAAACAUUGCAUCGGUGUCUGAGUGCAUCCAGCAGGUCGUGGAGCUCCUGCAGGCACAGAACAUCGUGCCCCAGGGCUCAGUCAAGGAUGUUCUGGAGCUCUUUGUGCCUGAGGAUAAAGUCAGCAGUGUCCGGGCUGAGGCAGAGAAGCUGCCAGCACUGGAGAUCACUAAGCUGGAUCUGCAGUGGGUGCAGGUGCUGGGCGAAGGCUGGGCCACUCCUCUGACAGGAUUCAUGCGGGAGGCAGAGUACCUGCAAGUGCUGCACUUUGGCACCCUGCUCAACGACGGUGUGGUGAACCUGAGCAUCCCCAUCGUGCUGCCACUGUCGUCGGAGGACAAGCAGCGGCUGGAGGGCAGCGAGGCGCUGGCGCUCAGCUUCCAGGGCCGGCGGGUGGCCGUGCUGCGUGACCCCGAGUUCUUCGCGCACAGGAAGGAGGAGCGCUGCGCCCGCGUCUGGGGCACCACCUGCCCCCGCCACCCGCACAUCCAGAUGGUGAUGGAGAGUGGAGACUGGCUGGUUGGUGGAGACCUGCAGGUCCUGGAGAAGAUCAAAUGGAACGAUGGGCUGGACCAGUACCGCCUGACCCCGCUGGCACUCAAGCAGAAGUUCAGGGAAAUGAAUGCUGACGCCGUCUUCGCCUUCCAGCUGCGCAACCCGGUGCACAACGGGCACGCGCUGCUGAUGCAGGACACGCGGCGGCAGCUCCUGGAGAGGGGCUACAAGAACCCCGUGCUGCUGCUGCACCCCCUGGGCGGCUGGACCAAGGACGACGACGUCCCCCUGGAGUGGCGCAUGAAGCAGCACGCGGCCGUGCUGGAGGAGCAAGUGCUGGACCCCAAGUCCACCAUCGUGGCCAUCUUCCCCUCUCCCAUGCUCUACGCUGGCCCCACGGAGGUGCAGUGGCACUGCCGAGCCCGGAUGGUGGCGGGGGCCAACUUCUACAUCGUGGGGCGCGACCCGGCGGGGAUGCCGCACCCCGACACCAAGCAGGACCUGUACGAGGCCACGCACGGCGGGAAGGUGCUGAGCAUGGCCCCCGGCCUCACCUCCGUGGAGAUCCUCCCCUUCAGGGUGGCUGCCUACAACAAGCUCAAGAGAGCCAUGGAUUUCUACGACCCCAAAAGGCACGAUGAUUUUGACUUCAUCUCAGGAACACGCAUGAGGAAGCUUGCUCGGGAAGGGGAGAACCCCCCGGACGGCUUCAUGGCCCCCAAAGCCUGGAAAGUCCUCACCACCUACUACCAGUCACUGGAAAAAACGAAUUAACUCCUCCUCCUCCCUAGAAAUACCUGUAUUAAGAGUGAGCAAUGAUCAAUUGAUUCCCUGUGACACAGAUCACUUGGCAUGACCCUGGGAUUUUCCUACCUGGGUCAGAGUGUUUUUUACCAAUCAGAAAUACUUUGAGCCUGAUCCUUCUCCCCCUAAAGCUGCUGGGAGUGUCCCAUGGAGCUGGAAGGGAUGGGAGUGGGGCCUUUGUUCCCAGCUGGCACCAGGACGUGCCACCGGGAUGGCCACGGUGCCACCAGGGCCCCCCAGCAGCUCCGGGAUCAAUCCUGCCUGUGCCCUGCCUGGAGCAGAAAUGAAGAAGUGCCUUUCCACCUUGUGCCUUAGACAGUUUUUGCUAAUUAACAGCAGAAUCUUUUUAAUGCCCCUUUUAUAAAAAGGACUUUUUAAGAUCAGCUGUGACCACCUCCAGUUCCUUGUGGCUGAGCCAACUCCUCACUGUUUCCUUCCUUCCUCCUGCUUGAUCUCUUGGGUCAAACACAUCCCAGGCUGAGCAUUCCUGUGAAAGUCACCAUGGGCAGCAUCGCAUUCCCACCCUCACCCUGCCGUGCCUGAGGCUUUCCAAGGUGGCAGAGCAGUGACACUCCUCUUGUGCUCCAGUUGGAAUUCCAGAUGGAUCCACGCUCAGCAAAACCAGCUCCUGCCUGGUACCGUGAGCUGCUCUGCUGUGGCCAGGGCACGGUGCCCAAGCCCUCCUCUGUGACUGGAGAACAUCCUUGCAAAAGGGACUUUUGAAGUCUUUUUUAAAAGUAUUUGGAGCAAAGCUGUGUUUUACCCCAAGGCAAAUGCUGCAGCCUCAUCCAGCCAGGCCCUCUGGCAGCCAGCCAAAAGUGAUAUUCCAAUUAGGGUUUUUAAGGAGUGAAACAGCACAGUUGCUGCUCAUGAUAAAAUAAUCCAGUGUUGAAACCUUCCCCCCCAACCAGUAAAUCCAGGUGGUCACAGCAAAGCACAGAUGUUGUAUUAUCAUCUUAAACCAGCAUAGUGUCCUAAUUACCUCUGAUUAAAACACAUGGACUGGGGGGGUUUAUAGUCUAUUUAUUAAAGACAUGAGACUGGAAUUUGUACCUCAGCUGAUGCAUCUCAUGAUUUAAUAUAUUCUGAACUCGAUACUCUAUGAAACACUCACUUUUAGUACAAAUAAAUAUUUAUAUGUGUAA